AUGUCACUUCGAAAAGUUGCAAAAGCAUUUGGCGUACCUGUGUCAACUUUAUCAAGAAAGAAGCAAAAUCCAAACCAAAGCAAGACUGGACCACCUCCUAUUUUAUCGGAAACAGAAGAAAAGAAAAUAGUUGACUGGAUUUUAUACAGAGCAGCAAGAGGUUGUCCAGUAACAAAAAACGAACUCCUUGAUAGCGUGCAAAAGUUUUUGAUAUCCCUUGACAGGGAGACUGUAUUCAUCAACAACCGACCUGGAAGAAGUUGGUACAACGGUUUUCGUAGGCGACAUCCCAAUUUGUCCAUUAGGACUGUUCAAAACUUAAGUGCAGCAAGAGCUUCUGUGACUCAAGAGAGUUUGAAGGAAUGGUUCCGAGAACAAGAGGAUUACUUAAAAAGCAAAAAUUUAUUAAACAUGUCACCAAGCAGUAUAUUUAAUUGUGAUGAGACGAGCAUAAUACUCAAUCCAAGUGUCAACAAAGUAUUGACUGAAAAAGGAGCUCGCUCAGUUUAUAAUAUUGUUAGUUCAGAAAAAGAAUGUUUGACAGUUCUCUUCAUGUACAGUGCAUCAGGUGUUCGAGCUCCACCAAUGGUAAUGUACUCGUAUAAAGGAAGUAUUCCCACGAAAGUUAUCAAAAAUACCCCUUCUGGAUGGGGUCUCGGAAUUUCAGAUAACGGAUGGAUGACAACUGAAUCUUUUUACGAGUACAUUACUAAUGUUUUCUACCCAUGGCUUCUAGAAGAGAGCAUUGAGUUUCCUGUAGUCAUAUAUUUAGAUGGGCACUCGUCUCACAUGACACUUCCUUUAGUUUUUUUUUGUCGAGAAAACAAAAUUGAGUUGAUUGCGCUCCAUCCCAAUUCAACUCACAUAACACAGCCAUUAGACAUUGCAUACUUUCAUCCACUAAAACAAACGUGGAAGAAAUCUGUUCUUCUGUGGAAAGCUUCAAAUGAUGAUAAUAAGAAAGCAGUACUGUUAUCAGUGGAUUCAAAGCAGCAGGUCUCGUUCCAUUUAAUCCUCAGGCAAUAG